AGCGCCAGACGCGCACCAGUAACCGCUCAUGGCGUGUUCUUCUGUUUCACUCGUUAUCGAGCAAAUACAACGGCAUCGAUUCUUUUGGUGAGGGCUUCGCUUAAUCUCCCCUGGACAUCAGAUGCUUCUGACACAUGACAGCAGCGUGGAUCAUCUAAAGAGUUUUGCCUUGUGCCAUUACGCGCAUAUUUUCUGUAGCAUAACUUUUUCAGAAUCGCACCGAUCAAUGUCGAGCGCGUUUAUUACGUGGAGCUAACUAAUUUUCCCACCGAAGAGAACAUCAUACUGAUCCUAAUGGAUAUUUAUUCAUCUAAAUUAUCACCCGCUGUGGAUUAUGGCAUCGGUGCGUUCCUGCUGCUCAUUGCCAUUCUUUCCAUUCUGGGGAAUCUGAUGGUUCUUGUGAUGGCAUACAAGCGCUCAAACCACAUGAAGCCUCCUGAGCUUCUGAGUGUCAAUCUGGCGGUGACGGAUCUGGGCGCCGCCGUCACCAUGUACCCGCUGGCCGUAGCCUCCGCCUGGAACCACCACUGGAUCGGGGGAGACGUCAGCUGUGUUUAUUAUGGCCUGAUGGGAUUUCUCUUUGGAGCUGCUAGCAUGAUGACCCUGACUAUCAUGGCUAUUGUUCGGUUCAUCGUGUCUCUGACCUUACAGUCGCCAAAGGAGAAAAUCAGCAAAAGGAACGCAAAGAUUCUAGUGGCAACCACAUGGCUGUAUGCUCUGCUCUGGGCUAUAUUCCCACUGAUCGGCUGGGGGAAAUACGGCCCGGAGCCCUUCGGCCUGUCCUGCACUCUGGCCUGGAGAGACAUGAAGGAGCACAGCCAGUCUUUCGUCAUCACCAUCUUCCUCAUGAACCUCAUCCUGCCUGCCAUCAUCAUCGUGUCCUGCUACUGCGGAAUCGCUCUGAGACUCUACAUCACUUAUAAAAGCAUGGACGACAGCAACCACGUCCCCAACAUGAUCAAAAUGCAGCGGCGGCUCAUGGUGAUCGCCGUGCUGAUCAGCAUUGGGUUUGUUGGAUGCUGGGCACCAUACGGCAUCGUCAGCCUGUGGUCCAUCUACCGGCCCGGUGAUUCAAUCCCCGCAGAGGUCAGCAUGCUACCUUGUCUGUUCGCCAAGACGUCCACUGUGUACAACCCGUUCAUCUACUACAUCUUCAGUAAGACCUUCAAACGAGAAGUCAACCAGUUGAGCCGCUUCUGUGGAAAAUCCAACAUCUGCCGUACAACUGAUGCCAAAAACAGGCCAGAAAAUACCAUCUACCUUGUGUGCGAUGUGAACAAGUCCAAACCUGGAGCGGAGGAUCUGUCGUUAGCAAGGAGUAAAGAGAAUGAGACUCAAAUUUUGCCCAAUCAAGACUUGCCUGAGUGAAUCUGUACAGAACAAUAUUUGGCAGGAGCUCUAGUUAUUUUUUUACCUGGUUAAAGGUACAUGGAUUGAUCCGUGAACUCUUGAAUGAACUUGGACACAAGCUGCAAUAUCAAUUCAUAUCAUCACAUCUUAUGGCAUAAGCAUAGGUCUCAAACUCAAUCCCUAGAGGGCACAGUUUUGCUCCAACCCUAAUCAAACACAGCUGAUCCAACUAAUCAAGGUGUUCAAGACUACUAGAUCAGCUGUGUUUCAUUAGGGUUGGAGUAACACUGUGCAGAGCUGCGGCUCUCCAGGAAUUGAGUUUGACACUCAUGGCAUAAAGCAUUGCUGUGUUCACUGUACUUAGUAAGGAGUUCAGUUGUUAUGUGACAGCUUCAGAAAACGGGCAUUUCGCUGAGUCAUCAUAUCAUAUUUAAUACGUUUCAGCAUGCUAAGUACAGUCAAAUACAUUUAGAAAUUCUUCGAAUGAACGUUCAACCAUUUUUUACUCACCUGUUCCAAACCUGUAUGACUUUCCGCUGUGGAAGACAAAAGGAGGUGUUAUGCAUUAGUUUAUGCUUAUGUUUUUAUUAAGUGCAUUUUGUUUGAUGCUGCACUUUAAAGCUGCCACAGUAUGAAAAAUAUGAUAUAUGUUGGCAUAGCUGAAUUAUAAGAGUUCAGUCUAUGAAAAUGAGUCUUAAACACCAUCGCUUACAUGUUGUCUUGUAAAUCUUGUGAGUGUAAAAUCAUGGUGAAAAAACAGGCCAAUCCGAACAAAAGAAUAAAUGCACAUCUAGAACAUUUGAUUGGCUACAGUGU